UGUCUGGGUCCUUUGUCAAUUUGGUGCCGUUCUGGAAAUCCCAGGAUCUGACUGACUAUUCCCUGUCUACUAGAAGUUAGUUACUGCUUAUAAGCAGGAAGAGAAUAGUAAGGCUUUCAAAGAAGAUAGAAUACGUUUUUGCUUUUGAAAUAAACUUUGAAAAGUAUUUGACUGCGACUCGACCCGGAUGCAGUCUGGGGAUACAUACUGGCGUGUUCGGGACGAGAUCGAGGCACUGCACUGCCUGAGCUCCGGGAGGGGAGCUGCCUGCUGGAGAGAGUUGCUGGGCGAGUGAGCGAUUUACUACAACAAGACAGCGCGACAGCGAGAACAACUUCAGCACGCCUAACUAGUUACUAGGUAUUUUCAAAACGAACAGAAAACAAGGUCGGAAGGCAGCGCGGGAGCUAUUUAUAACAUUGCUGCUGAUAAAGUGCCACAUUGGUCACGUUCGUAAAGUAAUAUUUUUGCGGGGCGACAGAUCGGAGGAGGGACGGGAGUGUGUGAAGCACUUUGAUGUGGGCUGCUGAUGGUUGUAGCAGUGAGGAGAAGGGAUUUAACAACUUUCCUAAACACAUCAACAAGGGAUUCGUGGCAAUAUUUCCCGAAAUACAUCUCCGGUUUACCCACGAAGCUUUCCCCCUGAUGAUGUGAGGGGACCAUGAUGAGGACAGGCCAUGGUGAGGACUCAGGACCCAGCGCUGGGGAGGGCACCUGGAACAUUGAUGGAUACUGGAUAUAGAGGUCAGAUGGUGUUCUGAACGAGACAUGGGUAGCUACUGUAGCUGUCCUGACAAAGACUUCCCUGAUAAGCAUCAGAGCAAAUUCAAGGUGAUAAAUGUGGAUGACGAUGGUAAUGAGUUGGGCUCAGGCUUGAUGGAGCUGACAGAGGAGGAGCUUAUCCUCCACACCAGGAAACGUGACACCGUCAAGUGGCCUUACCUCUGUCUGCGUCGCUACGGUUACGACUCCAACCUCUUCUCCUUCGAGAGCGGGCGACGAUGCCAGACUGGACAGGGUAUCUUUGCCUUCAAGUGUGUGAGGGCAGAGGAGAUGUUCAACGUGCUGCAGGACAUCAUGCACAACAACAGCAUCAGUGUAGUGGAGGAGCAGGUGGUGGAGCUCAACCCUAUAGAGACUACUGAGAUGUCCCGCAAACCACACACUGCUGCUUCUGGCUACUCUGUACCCACGUUACCGAACGGUAUAGGGCGCUACCCGUCGUUUGGUGAGGCCUCGUCGCGCCCUUCUAGCCGACACCCGUCUGUAGGCAGCGCCAGGCUGCCCUCAGUGGGAGAGGAGUCAUCACACCCCCUCCUGGUCUCAGACCAGUCGGUCCACACCUACGUAAACACUCCUGGGAUACAGGAUGACCGGCGCACUCGCCCCAGCAGCCACACCCCCUUGGAACUGCGGCUGUCCAAUCCGGAGACGACCUCCUUGCUAGCCACCGCCCCUCCGUCUCCCACGGAGACAGACAUGGAUACGGAGCCUCAGGUGCUGCUGGAGCCAGAAGGGGCUAAAUUCAUCCUGGGUCCCACCCCGGCUCAGAGGAGGCAGAAGCAGACCCCUGGGGAUGAGGACAGGGAGGCUGGGUCCAGACAUUCUGGGGAUGAGGACAGGGAGGCUGGGUCCAGACGUUCUGGGGAUGAGGACAGGGAGGCUGGGUCCAGACGUUCUGGGGAUGAGGACAGGGAGGCUGGGUCCAGACGUUCUGGGGAUGAGGACAGGGAGGCUGGGUCCAGACGUUCUGGGGAUGGAGAGAUGGAGCUUGGGGUGUCUGGGUCUAACGAUGAGCCCAGCUUGACAGCUCCCUCUGGGGGUCUGAACGGGAAUGGGAACGGCUGUGUGGUGGGCGCCACCCUGGGUCUCCAGGCAGGAGAUUGUGAUACGGGCUAUGACAGUGAUGAACGCAAAGACGGGCCCCCUCCCCCUCUUCCUCCUAACCCAAACCCUCCACCUCUCCCAGGGCCCAAACCCAGCACCAUCUCCACCUAUGAGCACCACAACGGCAACACCACCCAUCCUUAUGUCUCCACCCCUGUUCCAGCCCCCAACCCCCGGCGUAACCGCCCCGCCAUCCCCCUCCCUGACUCCUCCCACAAUGCCAACAACUCCGCCCAGCGGCGCACGGCGCUCCUUAACUACGAGAACCUCCCGGCGCUGCCACCGGUGUGGGAGACCGCCAGGCGCUUCUCCGAGGGAGACGAGGAGGACGAAGAGGAGGUGUAUCACGGAUAUGGACCAAAGACGCCCUCCCUUAACGGCUACCACAACCACCACCACCAUCCUCACCACCAUCACCAUCACCUUCAUCACCACGGUCUGGGUCUGGACCCCAUGCACAACUACGUCAACACAGAGAAUGUAAACGUCUCGCUCAGCGCCAAACUGGACUCUGCGCGGAUCCUUCCGCGGGGGCGGGACUCUAGCGGCGUCUGUUUGACCCCCAGCGUCUUUACCUUUGACUUCCGGUCGGGGCGAGUGGCGGGCGGACCGUGUGGGUUGGGGUUGGAUCCCCUGAGGCAGCUGAACUACAUUGAGUUGGAGAUGGAGAAGGGUUCGGACUCCAGCGGGCCGCAGACACCCAAGACCCCCACCACUCCCUGUGGCGUCGGCCUGGGCAGUCUCCUCCUCCCACCCUCCACCCCCACGCGGCGGACCGAACUGUACGCCAUGAUCGACAUCGAGCGCACGGCGGCCAUGUCGAGUCUUCAGAAAGCACUGCCCCGUGACGACGGUACCUCUAGGAAAACCAGACACAACAGUACUGACCUUCCUAUGUGAACUUCACCACGCCCUACCAUACCUAGCCUACCAAGCACUGAUCUCAAAUGGAACCCUAUUCCCUAUAUAGUGCACUACUUUAGACUUGGACUAUUCAUAAAGUGCCUGAGAGUAUGAGUGCUGAUCUAAGAUCAGUUUGACCUUUUUAGACAAUAAGGAAUCCGAUGAC